AUGGCAAAGUCCAAUGUACUAGCCAAAAGCCCUUCCAUGCUCCCGAAAAUGCUACUUUUUGGUACGCUAGUAAUGGCUUCCGUAGCAACAACUGCAGGUUCUAAGAUUGGAGUGUGUUAUGGAACCAAAGGAGACAACUUACCGCCAGCACAAGAAGUAAUAUCUAUGUUCGACCAGUAUGGUAUUCAAAAAAUUCGUCUCUAUGAUCCUAACCAAGGUGCUCUCCAAGCCCUUAGAGGCUCCAACAUCGAGGUCAUGCUUGGUGUUGAGAACGACCGCCUCCAAUACAUUUCUUCAAGCCAAGACGAGGCUAAUUCCUGGGUCCAAAGUAAUGUCGUAAACUAUGGCAGUGUAAAUUUCAAAUACAUUGUUGUGGGAAAUGAAAUAGAUCCCACAGGUCCACAAGCAUCGUUUGUUGCCCCUGCAAUGGAAAACAUUCAAAAA